CCGUUCAAUCGUAGUUAGCGCAAAAUUUGCAUGCUGUGGCUUCAAUGAACAACACUUUGCAAAAAUGACGGAAGAAGAUGACCAAGGAUAUCGCUGGGAGACUGAAUAUGAAAAGACCUGGGAAGUGCUGCAAGAAGAUGCAGAGGGCUCCCUUCAGGCUAGCAUUGAUGAGCUCGUUCACAAGGCGAAGCGGAGAAAACAGUUGGAGAAGAUCACCAAUGUCCGACUGGGAAUGAUGCGUCACAUGUUUAUUAUCAUCGACAUGUCUUCAGCUAUGGAUGAUCAAGACCUUAAGCCAUCAAGACUAGUCUGCUCCUUAAAGUUAUUGGAGCAUUUUAUAGAGGAGUAUUUCGACCAGAACCCUAUCAGUCAACUGGGGAUAAUUGUAACCAAGAACAAGAGGGCGGAGAAAAUCACCGAGUUAGGAGGUAACCCCCGGCGCCACAUCAAUGCUGUUCAGAAGUUAAAAGAGCGGGCUUGUCAGGGAGAACCUUCACUCCAGAAUUCCCUUGAACUCGCCAUGCAGACUCUAAGACAUAUGCCUGGCCAUGCUAGCCGAGAGGUUGUGUGUAUAUUUGGUAGCCUGACCACGUGUGAUCCAGGAGACAUACUGGAAACCAUCAAGUUGGUGGGAGAAAGCAAUAUCCGUUGUUCUAUGGUUGGAUUAUCUGCCGAAGUCCGGGUCUGCAGGAAGUUGUGUUCAGACACAAAUGGUCGUUACACUGUGAUAUUGGAUGAGAGCCACUUUAAAGAUCUUUUAAAUCAGCACACCAGUCCACCCCCUGCCAUGAUGAACACCGAGUCUUCCCUGAUCCGAAUGGGCUUCCCCCAUCAGCAGCUAGGUAGUGAUAAGGACAAGCCUGCCAUGUGUAUGUGUCACCUGGACAGUAAGACUGUGGAGGGGUUCAGCACGACUGGCUACUUCUGUCCUCAAUGUAAGAGCAAGUACUGCGAGCUUCCCAUCGAGUGCAAGGCCUGUGGUUUGACGCUCGUGUCGGCCCCUCAUCUAGCAAGAUCCUACCACCACCUGUUCCCACUUGAUCAAUCAAAGGAGGUCCCGGUCACAGAUUUUGACCCGGGCUUCAAUAUAUACUGUUAUGCUUGUCAAGGCCAGAUUUUGGAACAGUCUGUGUAUCGAUGUGUGAAAUGUAAGAACCUGUUCUGUAUCGACUGUGACAUCUUCAUCCACGACACCCUCCAUUCCUGUCCUGGCUGUGCAAGCUCCCGAAACACUCAGACUGCAGAAGCUGUCUUUACUUGAAUGCAAACUCCCGCAAUACCUAGACUGCAGAAGCCAUCUUAACUUGACUGUUACAAGCUCAAUCAAGAUUUGAACAGCACAAUUUCAUUGGGCAGCAAUUGACAAUCUACAGUUGAAUUGUUCCAUGUGCAUCCAUCAAGAUCGGGCACUGUCUACAGUUGAACUGUUCUAUUUGCCUCCAUCAAGAUCAGACACUGUCUACAGUUGAACUAUGUGCCUCAAGUAAUAUUUAAACUUGGAUGGCAGUCUCCACUUUAUUCAAGUUGCCAAAGUCCACUGAAUAUGGAUAUAUGUACAUCUGUAACAGGUUUGUAAAGAGUUCAAUCAGAUCACACACCCUGUAUAUUGAAAUCUUACUGUUGUUACCAAGGUAUCUCAUCAACCUGUGCCACCCAUAAAAAUGGACAUCAUAACUACUGGUAAGUAGGUUGCUGCUGGGUAUGAGUAAUGAGUGUUGUUUUUUAGAUACAUGUAACUAACAUUAUCAUUAUUUAGUUUGCCAUGUUCUAUAUGGCAUGGGUAACUGUUGUGAUCUGCCUUUGUCUGAAAAUGAAAAAAGGUCUGUGAAGCAUAAACAUUAGUACUAGAAUUGAUUUAUUGCAUUAAGCCAUACAUGUUUAAAGCUUGUUUGAUUUACAAAGAAAAUAUGAGGAGGUUUUAUCAUAGACAUUGGGUCGUCAGCUUUGAUUCAGAACCUCGAACCUUGGCUGUAAAUAAAAAUGCAUCCAAGAUAAUCAAAUGACUCAUGUGCAUAUGUUGCUAGUUGCAGAACACCCCUGACCGAAAAACACAGACCAGCGUGGGCAUUUUUUCCACAGCACUUAUAAAAUAUUUUAUUCCAGUGGUAGAAAUCUUGUAAGCAAAUGUGUUAGCUUUGCAUUGAAAAAGGGUCAAGACUUUCGUUGCCAUGGUCUUUGGGUCGCUCUUGUAGAUAUUGUUUUUUAUCCUCUUUAAAAAUAGGGCAUAAAUUAAAAAAAAUCAAGGUACCGUAAAUGACUGGGUAUUAGACACACUUUUUUUUCCAAUAUAAGGUUUUUGCAUUACUUAACUUUUCAUUCUCGACAGGUUAUCGUUUACGAUAUACUGUCAGAAAGAAAUCUUACAAAGUGUCUUAAAAGGUACUUUUCAGUGCCAUCCAGAAACGAAUUGUCACACUCUUUUCGGUGCCUAUCCUAACAUGAAACGAAUAAAAAUGAAACAUAUUUUGCAUUGUCAUUGUAUGGUUUUAAAGAUAACCAUCGCCAUUUGCACGAAAACAAUUUUUUUCGUCACUGUCAACAAACAUGGUGGCCGAAAUCGGCAGCCGAUUUUUACAUUUUUCUAUGCGUCCUUUAACACAAAACAUUGAUUAAAAGUUUUUUCCUCAGUUUUUUUUUUCACGGAUUAUUUUGCCUGCGUCUAAUACUCCCUAUCAUCUUAUACCCAGUCAUUUACGGUACUCAAAUGAAACUUGGUACACAUGUUGCCAGAGGUAAUGUUCACCUUUAUAGUAAUAGUUAUAGUAUAGUCUUUCUGGCUUUUAUAAUUGUUGUCCCCUUGUUGGACUGAAAGAACUUCAACUGAGUGUUAUGGUUUUCUCCACAGCACCUUAACUUUCCUUUUUGUUGUUUUUUGUUGUAAAAAGGGUUAUAUAUAAAAGCCUUUAUUCAUUGUGAAUGAAAAUUCCAUGUCAUACUUCUUGCUUUCCUUUCCUUUCUUUUGGAGAAAUGAUCAACUUUAAAACUGUAAGUUGCCAGGGACAGCCUUAGUUAUCUUUAAUGGUUGAUGUGUUAACGAUGGGUGUUGUUUUUUCAUGUUGCAUUGAGAUCUGUUGAAUGGUUAACAAGUGGUUCCUUCUUAGCAGCUUCAAAACCUUGUCAUUAGUGGCUGAAGGAUUGAAGUGGACAGAGUUAUUGUUAAGUUUUGCUAUUAAUUGUCAUUUUUUCUUCAAAAGAGGUUUAUCGUCCAAGGGACAAUAAUGCUCACAACUGAAGUUUUGUAGAAACUGUUUACCUUAGAUCCAAACUGAAAUAAGUAAAAAAGUUAAUUCAGAGGUCAAAGUUUGACCUUCCUGCAGCUUCUUGGAUUCAUUUGUUACAUAAUGUCAUGAUCAUAUGUUUUCGCCUUGGCUUCACUGUGACCGGACACAGUCAGCUCCUUUGGGUAAAGAAACCGUAUAUUCCUUUGCCCGCAUUUUUUAUCCAACAGAGACCAUGUUGAUGAAUUUAUUACACAAAAUAACAUUGUAAAUUAUAUAUUGCCAUGACGGCACAUUCCGAAACUACUACAGUUUCCAAAAUUGUUGUACAGAUUUGUUACAUAAUGCGUCAUACUUGAAUAGACUUAUGGCUUUAUUUAUCUUCAUUUGUAAUUGAACAUGCCAUAAUAUUUUCUGCUAAAGUGUUUGUUUCUGAUGUAUGAAGGAAGAAUUUGGAUACCUCUGUACUACAAAUACAGUUUACUUCUGAUAUAUAACAAAUGAAUAUUAAAUACUGAAAGAUUUUUCCCACUUAUGAACUUUUAACUUAUUUUUGCGAUUAACAGUUUCUGUCUUUUACAUGGAAGUUUUUUGCUGAAGUGGGUUUUGUUACAGAGUUAUUUUUUUGUCUUAACAAAUAUGAUCAGGUAUCGUCUAUAUGCAGUUUAUGCAUUCAGCCUAUAUCUUAAGAGUGAAAAUUGAACCUGCCAUUAGUCCGUUUGAUUGUUCUUAACAAGGUUGACAACGGUAAUGGUCACAUCUUUAACAUGAAUAUGUGAAAGUUCCAAACAAAUAUAUAUUACUUGAGCAUCAUUUGAAUGAGCUUUUUAAGUAGAAAAGAAAAUGGUAACAAAAACAUAUUAGAAAGCACACAGUACAAAUUUUAUUAAGAAAACAAGUCAUUGACAAUAAUAUACAGAACAAUUUAUGGUCAUGCUAUGUUUUAAUAACCUAUUUGAACAUUUUAAAAUGUCAAGAAAACAGAUCAGAUUCAAAAAAUUAUUUUAAAAAGAGGAAACCAAACAAAAUAGUAAUAUUACCAUCACACUAUACAUAUAUUCAGUUAUUCAUGAAUCAGAUCAAAUGCAAAAAAAGUGUUCAAGCUUUGAGUACAAAAAAAAGACGAGAAAAACUGCUACAUCGAGGAAAAUUGUCAUCCCUGCAGAUACAAUGCAAAAUGU